AUGAUUUCAGCAUAUGAUAACACAUCAUAUAUCUUACUCACUUUGGAUGGAAUGGAAGAUUUGAAGCCAAAUGUUUUUUUUCUUUUUUUAGCUCUGUCUGUUUACCUCAUAAUAAUAAUUUUAAACCUUACAUUGGUCAUUACAAUUAUUUUAGAGAAGUCUUUGCAUGAACCUAUGUAUAUCUUUGUAUGUAAUCUUUGUUUAAAUGAACUGUAUGGGACAAUAGGAUUUUAUCCUAAAUUUUUGCAUGACCUCUUUUCAUUGUCACAUGUGAUAACAUAUGGUGAAUGUUUGACACAGUCAGCUAUUAUAUACUCAUCAAUUAUGUGUGAGUACACAACAUUAGUUAUAAUGGCUUAUGAUAGAUAUGUUGCAAUAUGCAGGCCAUUAGAGUAUCACAACACUAUGGGAACCCAGACAGUGACUAAAGCUCUCCUAUACUCAUGGGUUUUUCCUUUUAUUAUAGGCCUUCCAAAUUUUAUACUUACAAGCCAACAGCCAUUGUGUGGAUCACACAUAGACAAACUUUACUGUGACAACUGGUCUGUUGUGAAGUUGUCUUGCAUUUCAAGUACAGCCAACAAUAUAUAUGGGCUUUUUGUGAUUUCUGUAUUCAUGGUUCAUGCUGUGAUUGUUUUGCUGUCAUAUCAGAGACUGAUUGUUGCUUGCAGGAAUUCAAGUGACAACAAAAAGAAAUUCAUGCAGACCUGUGGGCCACAUUUACUGUCACUGCUAAACUUUACUAUAGCUGUGCUCUUUGACUUAAUGUUCAGUUGGUAUGGGUCAAAGGAAUUUCCAAAACAUCUGCGGAACUUUUUUCAAAUUGAAAUUCUUGUCAUCCCACCUCUUCUUAAUCCACUCAUGUAUGGCCUUAAACUUUCAGAGAUCCGCAAGAACAUUUGUCAUCUAUGUCUCAGGACUGACUUUGUGUUGGUUCAGUCAGUCAACCUCCUGGAGUGCUGCAAGAGACUUGAGCUCAAGGAGACUACUCAUGAAGAGGCACGCAGGCAGUUGAUUGGUACAGUGAGAGUAGCUGUCCCUGACAGUGCGGGCCUUAUGCCCUCUUCUUCCAAGCACUGGCAUUACCAUGGUGGUCCCUGGUGGUAG